AUGAUCCUCCUUUGGGAUGUUGAUGCUGGGCUUGCUCAAAUUGACAAGUACUUUCACAGCAAUGAUAAUCAUGUGAUUGCUGGUGCAUUAUUAGGUGUUGGGGUUAUAAACUGUGGUAUCAAGAAUGAUUGUGACCCUGCGUCGGCAAUUUUUGUUGAUUAUCUGGAUAAAGAAAAUGCUUCCAUUAGAAUUGGAGCCAUAACUGGUCUAUGCCUUGCAUAUGCGAGUACCCAGAAUGAACAGAUCCAUGACAAACUGAGUCAAAUUCUUGGUGAACCGAAAGCAGGGUUUGAUGUUAUCUUGUUCAUAGCAAUUGCAUUGGGUUUGGUGUAUGUGGGUUCCUGCAAUGAGGAUGUUGCUCAAGCCAUAAUUUUUGCAUUGAUGGACCGCAGUGAGUCAGACUUGGGGGAGCCUCUUGGCUUAGGUCUUACGUGUUGGAUUGGAUUUACUAAGACCAUGUCUUCUUGUUUUGUUAGUGAACUGGUUCAGUGUAGAUUUAGUCGAAGAGAAAUGACACCAAAGAAGAUAAGAUUAGAAAAGAUAGUUGCAAGUGCAGAUAUUCCAAUGUUAGUCUGUGGUGACUUCAAUUCAGUUCCAGGAAGUGCCCCUCAUGCACUUCUUGCAUUUGGAAAAGAUGAUUCAAUGCAUCAAGAUUUAGCAAUUGACCCUCUUGGAAUCUUGAUGAAACACUAUAACUGGAACCAUCUAUCCUAGAGAUUUGAAAUAAUUCCUAAAGAGAAAGCUACAAUUUAUAAAUCUAAAUGAGAAAUAAUGCAAGCUGUAAGAUUCUCACCUGCAUUUCAGUGAGUUGCUUACACCAUGAGUUCUCAUUGGUUGAUUGGUUAAUGCCCACCAACAUCUCCUAGCACUAAGGAUAUCAGAUUAUCUUGGAAUACACCAAGUUCUGUGAUAUUUCCAAUACCAAUGAUAAGGAAGAAUUACAAUUUGUUAUUGUGGAAGGAGUGAAUCUCGUUGGGAAGUAAUGGAGCCAAAAGAAGGUAGUCUACUCUAGGUGUAGUUUGUUAUUAUUCUAUUAGUGAUUUGGAGCAUGGAGUUGAUGCCUCCUGCAAGUGAAAUUACUUAGAUGGAAUUUGAUGUACAUAGUAGAUUAGAUGCAAAUUUAUAUAUUGUAAGAAAUAGAAUUGUAUGACAUUAAAUUUAUGCAAUGGAUUCUAUUAUUUGUAUAUA